GUUUUGUAUUUGUGUUUGAUAGGUUUUGGGAAAUUUCCCAGCUCGUCUUCUGCUUCGCUGAUUAUUAUCGUAAUUAUAUCAGUUUACAGCUGCUGUUAAACAGGAUCUGGAGCGUUCAGUCAAACUUUUCACACUAGAUUUUCAAAUGAGCAACAAUGGUGAAAAGACAGCUAUAAAAAAGCUUCAAGUAACGGAAUCUGCUUUGCAUUAUGUUGUAAUCAGAAGUCAAUAAUCUUUAGGAAGGCAAACAGCUUUGGAGAAAACGGACGAUCAUCAAUGACAACUCCAUUGUAUUUACCUGAAUGAUUCAAAUGCUCAUCAUGAAUGUUAAAUACUGCAGCUCACUUUCAUUACAAUGAUGGACCCGUCUCCUCAAUCCUACAUGCUUGCUAAUCUGACUCAUCCACAUUCUGAGCAGUUACUGCAAGGAUUGAAUCUUCUUCGGCAGCAUCGUGAGCUCUGUGAUAUCGUCCUCAGGGUUGGUGAUGUCAAGAUCCAUGCCCAUAAGGUGGUGCUGGCAAGCAUCAGCCCAUACUUCAAAGCCAUGUUUACUGGGAAUCUUUCAGAAAAUGAAAACUCUGAGGUUGAGUUCCAGUGUAUUGACGAAACUGCUUUGCAGGCCAUUGUAGAAUAUGCAUAUACAGGAACCAUAUUCAUUUCACAAGAUACAGUGGAAUCUUUACUACCAGCUGCAAAUUUACUUCAAAUUAAGCUAGUAUUGAAGGAAUGUUGUACAUUCCUUGAAAGCCAGCUUGAUCCUGGUAACUGCAUUGGCAUUUCCCGAUUUGCUGAAACUUAUGGUUGCCAUGACUUGUACCUUGCUGCCAACAAAUAUAUUUGUCAGAAUUUUGAAGAGGUAUGUCAGACAGAGGAGUUCUUUGAACUGAAUCACACUGAAUUAGAUGAAAUAAUUUCAAAUGACUGUCUGAAUGUUGUGACUGAGGAGUCUGUUUUUUAUGCUUUGGAGACGUGGAUUAAAUAUGAUGUACAAGAAAGACAAAAAUAUCUGGCACAGCUGUUGCACUGUGUGCGAUUGCCAUUGCUAAGUGUGAAGUUUUUAACAAGACUAUAUGAAGCAAACCAGUUAAUUCGUGAUGAGCAUACCUGCAAGCACCUUCUAAAUGAAGCACUUAAGUAUCAUUUUAUGCCAGAGCACAGAUUUUCUCAUCAUACUGAGUUAUCAACACGGCCACGUUGUGCUCCCAAAGUACUGUGUGCUGUUGGUGGAAAAACUGGACUGUUUGCUACAUUAGACAGUGUGGAGAUGUACUUCCCGCAGACAGACUCCUGGACAGGUCUGGCACCGCUUAGUAGUCCACGCUAUGAAUGUGGAGUUGCUGUUGUCGAUCAGAAGCUUUAUGUAGUUGGAGGAAUUGCAACCCACAUUCAGCAAGGCAUUAAUUAUCGGAAACAUGAGAAUUUGGUAGAAGGUUGGAAUCCGGAGACAAACAAAUGGACAACUGUAGAAAGAAUGAACGAGUGUCGAAGCACUCUUGGAGUGGCCGUAUUAGCUGGUGAACUGUAUGCAUUAGGUGGUUAUGAUGGGGAAAACUAUUUGCAAUCUGUGGAGAAAUACAUUCCUAAAAUCAAAAAGUGGCAGCCAGUUGCACCUAUGGGAAAAAGUCGAAGCUGUUUUGCAGCUGCAGUUUUAGAUGGAAUGAUAUAUGCUAUAGGUGGAUAUGGCCCUGCUCACAUGAACAGCGUGGAGCGUUAUGAUCCAAGCAAAGAUUCCUGGGAAAUGGUUGCUCCAAUGGCUGAUAAAAGAAUUAACUUUGGUGUUGGUUCUAUGCUUGGAUUCAUCUUUGUUGUUGGUGGACACAAUGGUGUGUCGCACUUACAAAGUGUUGAGAGGUAUGAACCCCAUCAAAAUCAGUGGACGUUAUGCAGGCCGAUGAGUGAUCCCAGAACAGGAGUUGGUGCGGCUAUCGUAGACAACUACCUCUAUGUGGUGGGAGGUCACUCAGGAUCAUCAUACCUGAACAUGGUGCAGAGGUACGACCCAGCCUUAGAUACCUGGUCAGAUUUUGCUGGUAUGUUAUCAUGUCGAUGCAACUUUGGGCUGACUGCAUUUUGAUAGUUGAUUUGACUACGAAGGAUAUACUGAGGUAAUUAUCCCUGCAUGACAAGAUGACCAAUUGUACUGAGACUGCAGCCCCACAAUUUGUUGAGUUUUACGAACUUUGGCUGCUUCUGUUGGUUUUUACUGUGCAGAGUUUUCAUGUUUUCAAUUGAAUUCAUUAUAUUUGUACCUACAUGUGGGGAAGAAACACUGAUGCCUGGAACAGCCAGGGCUAACCGAAGCUCUAGCUUUUCCACCUUAUAAACAUUCCCCUCCAUGUCAACUAGCUGUUACCUCCAUACUUCCUUGUUUUAAUCAGAAAGGAUCACACAUUCAAAACCAGUAAUCAAUCCAUUGUAUGUAUGCAACUUGACGAGUCCAUGUCUAUUUUUGUGAUACGUUGAUUGCAUUUAUCGUGUUCUAUUUGAUAUCAGUGCUUUACACUAUGAAAAUUUGUACUUAAGGGCUGCAUACCUGUAACUCAAUUUUUGACUACGGUACAACUACCCACUGUGUGCUUGCUUGUAUUGUAUAAUGUGAUUUAUGUAAUUAGUAGGGUUGUAAUCAUCAGCUGAUAGUAAUAUGUAACUUGCUAUAAACAUUUGCAUAUGAUUGUUCCUUUGACAAUCUUCCAACUGAACCAUAAUGAGAUCACCUGUUAAUAUUUGAUCUGUUAUUUGAAGGAACUAAAGGGAAAUGUAUAUUUUAAAAAGGGAUCUUAAUUGGGUUAUGAAGUUGCAAUUGGUACUUUCAUAUCUUGAUAAUGAGUUUAUGAAGUUCUGAACAUGGUUACAAGCCUGUAUUCACAGGACAAAGCAUAGGAACAGUUUCUGGUCAAGGUAGUUACUUAAUGGACUGUUGAGUACGGAUUUCAAUGAAUAUUUUAUUUGGCCAUUUUAUUUGGCUCUAAUGAGCAGGUUUUGGAUUUGUUAUUGUGAUCCUUUGUAAUAUUCUACAGCUGCUGUUGAGGGAGAAUAAUUAGAUUUAGCAACUGGUGCUAUCCUAGGAUUCAGGACCCCACAGAUAAUGCAUAUAUUUAUUUUGUAAUAUGUCAGUUCACAAAUUAUUUUGAAUAUUUUUAUCCAAUGAUUUUAUGAGUAAGUCUCUGAACAAUCAAAUCUAAAUAGAAGGAAUAAUUUAUAGCUAUCUUUUAAUCAAUCUGUUCACAAACAGUAUGAUACAUCUCUGGAACAGGUGUGAUUUGAACCCAGACCUUCUGGCCCAGAGGCACAAACACUAUUACUGUGCCACAAGAGCCCUAUAAAAAGUUUAUAUAUAUAUGAUAUUUUUAAAGACCCUGAUCUUUGUGAAUAAACUCAAAUUGAAGUGAUUAAUAUUGUAAAGGUGAAUUAAUAGUUCAGCUGUUCAUUGUCAUCUGCUUUUCAUCUGUGAUUUUCCCACUACCAUUGUGUGCGGACAUGUUUGUUAACUAACUUUGGUUGCCAAAAUUUAUGUUGACUGCUAAGUUACCUUUUUUAUACAAUUUCAAUGUCACUUUCUGUUCUCGUCGCAAAGCUGCAGUAUCUUGUAGGAAAGACUUUUGUUCAGAAUGUACUUUUUAAGCUGAUGUGCAGAUAGUCAUUUAAGUAUGUGAUGCAAGAACAGCUAUAUGCACUAACUGAGGUUUGAAAAGUCCUAACAGAGGGAGCACACUUAGAAUUGACUGGUUCUCCCAAUGGAUUUUAAAUAACCAAACUGAUUUGGUGAGGGACAUCAAUGUAGUGAUUUUUUUUUAUUAUAGAUCCUUGUGAAUACAAAGUGCACAUGUUAAAACAUCACAACUAUCUUCAUAGAAUACUGCAGUUUUUUUCUGUACUCGUGCAAAGAAUUUACAUAAUUUUGGCAGAUGUUUAAUUAUAGCUACAGUUGGUGUUUUCACUGGAUCAGCAAUGUUUGUAUACAAGGUAAGUCAUAUAUUUUUAGUUUUGAUUGGAGAAACCACUGGUUUUUGAGACUACAUGUCUGUGUACAUACAUUAGUGUUUCAGGUCUAAUUGAAUCAUCACACUUGUUAAUUUCUAACUUUACCCUUUGGAAGUUUCUAGAAUUCGAGAGUAUGAAGGCUUCAAAUGUUUGCUAGUAUUUUGAAUAAAAUGGUGCAAUAACAUUUUUAUAUGGCUUUUUUAUUAGAUAUAAUUUAUACUUGUGUAAAUGAAAGGAUAGGUUGAUUUAUGGAACUGCCGUUGUGCUCUGUAAAUAUAGUAAAGAGUGUAUAGUAAAAUUUACACUUGCACUGUUCCUUGUGUAGAUAUUGUCCCCACAUCCUUCCAAAUACAAAUAGAACAAGAUGAUAUGCAUUUUGUUCCACAAAUUAUACAUAACUAUAGUAAAUAAACUUGCAAAGUCCACUAAAACGAACAUAGUCCGAGACUUAGCAACCUGCAUAUGGUGCUGGUUUGGUAGCACAAGUGUUACUUUUGAUGACAGUGGCAGGUGUCAUAGCAAUAAUUACUGUCAGUCCUUUAAAAUUUUAAACAUAACUGGCCAAUCUAACCAGGAGUUUUUAAAAUACACAUUUUAAAAAAUUAUUAUACACUCAAAUGAAAGUGUAAAUACAAUUGUAAUUUUAAAUUAUGGCUCCUUGCUCUACAGUACAAAAAUAGUUAGGAGUGUUUGUUUACUUUUUUCUUACAUAUUACGUAGUUCUCAAAUUCAAACAUCUGACAUGUCAAAUAUGUCAUACUUAUAUUUUUCUGGAUAGUUUAAAAGAUCUAACUUUAUCAUUUACCUUCUGGUGUAGAUUUCUGACGAGUUGAUUUACAAAGUUGGAGAAUUAGUUCCACAGACAGCCUGUUAGUAUGGGCAAAGCAACCUUUUUUUGCUGGACUCUUGAUUCUCCAAUGUCUAAACAUGGCUUUUUUUUUCCACAAGAAUAGAGAAUUUUGCUGGCAUCAUACUCUUCUGAAUUAUCCAGUCAGGUAGACAAAUUUCAGUAGCUGAUAAAUUGAUUGCAAGUGGGGGAAAUAAAAGAGGAGCAUUUACUAAAAGGACAUAGGUGCACUAACACACAGACUUGUUUUCAGUUUCGAAAAUGCGUUCGUGCAGUCAGUUCAGAUGUAAUACUUUAAAAUAUGCAUACAUUGGUCAUAACCUGAAAAUUAAUCUAGAAUUUCUACUUCUCAAUCAUUUGUCAUCAAGAUUGUCCUGUGUCCUGCUCUCUGACAUUUUAAUGCAAAGAGUAAGUAUUUUCCUUUUGACCAGUGGUCUAUGAGACAUUUUGGAUUGUACAACUUUAAUAAUAUACCAGUAGAUUGGUUUUUAAUGUUUCUAUAUACUGUGUUUCCUCCACUUUUGAAAAAAACUUUUUUGCUGUGGAAAAGUAUGGAUGUAUUGCUAAUGAACCCAUGUCUUGGAUGAAUAUUAUUUCUGUACUCUUCAUUUGUGGGAUGAUUGUAUUCAGGCAAACUAUAAAACAAUUUAUGCUUUGUUGAUUGCUUAGUGGAGUAAUCAAUAUGUAAUUGCAAUUGUUUUGUUUUUAAGAUUACUGGAACGGAGGAUGAGAACUUGGAUAGUUUAGCUCUUAUAGUUUACCACCAUAUCCAAAUUCAAUCCAUUCACUUAAUUAUCAAGUUUAUGAAAAUAAUGACACACCUAAUCUUAUUCUCACAACUGUUUGUGAGAUUAACUGGGUGGAGUCAUUUGCAGUAAUUGCAACUUUUUAAAAUUGAAAGCUUUGAAUUUUAAUGAAUGGCCGAAAAAAAAACCUCAGUUUAUAAUAUAACAUUGCCAUCUGCGUAAUAGGGAAAGUUCACAAAUACAAGUGAAUUAUAAAUUGUAAAAGGGACAUAGGCUUAGCUAUUGUCAUGUUAGCUUGCCUUAAAAUUGAACACUGAUAGAACUGGAUUUUUUUUCAUAAAUGCCUUACACGCAAUGCUAUCCUCUAAAACCCGAUUAGUUUGUGUUUUUCUGAAAAUGCUGAAUCUUUGCAAAUGAGCAGCAAGAUUAAAAAACCUAAUAUUUAUACUUUGACUCAUGAGGGAAUGAUGAUUGUAAAUGGUUAAAUGUUAGAAUAUGUUUGUGUGUAUAGUUAUGCUCUGUGCCUGCAAAUGGCAGGAAAUUUUCGUUUACAGUUUGACAAAUGUCUUGCCUGUUUAUUGAACAAAAGUGCAAAGGACUGUUUCACAUUAUUAUUUCAGCUGAACUUUUUUAAAGGUUUCAAGUGCUUUCAUGUGGUACAGUAUGUCACUGUUAUUACAAUAUUUCAUUGUGGAUUUGCUAAAUAAAUAUUUCUUAAAGAA